AAAGCUACUCGGCUAAUUGUGGACUAUGCAAGAUUGUUUUGGGGAUACGAGGGCUUGUUGCGUCACAUCCUGCUUUCCAAAUGGGAUCCUCACUCGGACGACCGAUGCUCUCAACUUCCGAUCACCAUGAUUCAGCAAAUGCUCAUCAACUUUGAAGAUCAGCUGGAGAAGAACUCAGAGUCAUUCUCUGACCCUAGCCUGAGGUACCAGUUCCUGCUUAACAAUUCCUACUUCGUAAGAGAAGAGUUUCUUGAGCCCAGCAAUUACGUGUACAUCCUUCCGUCAGGCACAACGCUCAAAUUUAUGCAGUACCAAGAGAAGUACAUGCUUGCCUCCUGGGAACCUGUUCUGUAUUGCCUACAGGAUAAGAUGCCGCUGUGGUUUCCUAAACACUCCUCACAGCUGUCAAGAUUCAAGUCAGAAUUUCAGAAAACAUGUACUCCACAUCAGAAGCUAUGGAAGGUCCCCAACCCAAGGCUCAGGCAGAAACUGCGAGAAGCCAUCACUGAUAAGGUCAUUACUGGAUACAAAAGGUACCUGGAGGACCAUCCGGAGCUGGAGAAAUGCAGCAGUGAUCUACAGGACAUGGAAGACAUGGUCAACGAGCUAUUUGAAGGAUGAAUA